AUGCCUGCCUAUGGUCCAGAUGGGCGAACUUUAGUUAAAGGUGCUACAAUAACCACAACAUCUUCACGUCCUAAUUACGGUACACCAUGGUUGCAACGUCGAUAUGGUAGAAGUUGCGAUUUAUCGGAUCGUCAACUACAGGAUGAAGAUGCCAAGCUAUUGAACAAUCCGAUAGCUCAAGUAAGGUUCAAGGCUUUAAAUGGCAAAAAAAAAAAAUCUGCAAGUUUCAAGUUGUUGCAAAUUCCGAAUUCAUUGGUUAAGAAGUGGUAA